GGGGCACACAACAACUUAAGAUUUUUUGAUUGUUUUGAAAAAUUUUUGUAAUUAAAUUAAAAAGUCAUUAAAAAUGGUACAAAAUCAGGAAAAUACAUGCAAUCUGCCUUGGGUGGAAAAAUAUCGACCGGCAACAUUAAAUGAUUUAAUUUCACAUGAAGACAUAAUAUCCACAAUUCGGAAGUUUAUCGAUCAAAAUCAGAUGCCACAUUUACUAUUCUAUGGACCUGCUGGAACUGGAAAGACAUCAACGAUUCUUGCAUGUGCUAAACAGCUUUAUUCACCUGCACAAUUUCAAUCUAUGGUUUUGGAACUAAAUGCAUCUGAUGAUCGAGGUAUUGGAAUUGUUCGUGGACAAGUCUUGAAUUUUGCAUCAACAAGAACAAUAUUUAAUGCUGGAUUUAAGUUAAUUAUACUCGAUGAAGCUGAUGCCAUGACAAAUGAUGCACAAAAUGCACUUCGUCGAAUUAUUGAGAAAUAUACAGACAACGUACGAUUUUGCAUCAUCUGUAACUAUUUAAGUAAGAUUAUUCCAGCACUUCAAUCGCGUUGCACAAGAUUCCGCUUUGCACCAUUAUCGUCAGACCAAAUUAUACCUCGAUUAAACUAUGUUGUUGAGAAAGAAAACUUAAAAGUAACUGAGGAUGGAAAGAAGGCAUUGAUGGACUUGUCUGGCGGUGAUAUGAGAAAAGUAUUGAAUGUUCUUCAAAGUACAUGGAUGGCAUUUAAAGAUGUUACGGAAGAUAAUGUUUAUACGUGUGUUGGACAUCCAUUAAAAAAAGACAUUGAUAAUAUCGUUUAUUGGCUGCUUAAUGAUGAAAAUUUUAAGGAAACGUACCAAAAGAUUAAUAAAUUAAAGCUCGAUAAAGGAUUGGCACUUGAAGAUAUUCUGACACAAGUUCAUCUCUACAUCCAACGAAUUGAGCUUCCACCAAGAGUAAUUUCACAAUUAAUCAUCAAAAUGGGUAAUAUUGAGGAACGACUUAAUCAAGGAUGUACAGAAAAAAUUCAAAUUUCAGCCCUUGUUGCUGCAUUCCGCAUUGCACGUAAUCAAGUUACUGUGGAUGAUGAAUAAGCUUAAUAAAGUUAAUAAAAUAAUUAUUUUUAAUAAACCAA